ACAGUCUGGGAUACCCUAUCCUCCCUUGGCCUGACGAAUAAACAUGCAAAACUCUUGUUCCUCGGUCUUGACAAUGCGGGCAAGACGACGCUCCUGCAUUUGUUGAAGAAUGACCGCCUAGCCGUGCUUCCACCUACCCAACACCCAACAUCCUCCACCGUAACCAUCUCCAACAUAACCUUCACAACCUUCGACCUAGGUGGCCACACCUCCGCUCGUCGCAUCUGGCACGCAUACUUCCCCGACGUCUCCGCCAUAAUCUUCCUUGUCGAUGCCCGAGACCAGUGGCGACUUCCAGAAGCCAAAGCCGAGCUCUCCAAACUACUUUCCAUGGACGAGUUAAGAGACAUCCCGAUUUUGGUGCUCGGCAACAAGAUCGAUCACCCUGAAGCGGUUAGUGAGAGGGUGUUGAGGGAGGCUCUGGGGGUGGGAUGGGAAACGACGGGGAAGGCGAUGGGGGUUGGGGGGAAGGGGAAGGGGACAGGGGUGGGUGAAGGGGGACUGAGGCCGUUGGAGGUGUUUAUGUGUAGUUUGGUUAUGAGACAAGGAUAUGGGGAGGCCAUUCGGUGGCUUAGUCAGUAUGUUUGA